AUGGUGAGUUUCAGGCUUUGGGUGUAUCCUGGCCCGAGUUUAACAGUUUGCAUAAUCGACAAAAACCUUAAAAAGGCCUUGACCGCGCACGGUGGCCAAGGAGGAUGCUGCACGUGUGAGACCAGCUCGUGUCACAGUCACCUCGAACAGGGGCCGUUAAGAGGCCGCCUCGGCCGACCUGGGCUCGGGAAACCUGAACCACAACCCCGGGGAAAAGGAGGCCCAGCACCGAGGCCCGCGCGGGACCCGGACCCCACGCGGUCGGUCGGGAAGGGCCGCAGCCUCGCCCCCGAGGACCCCGAGGACCCCCAACGCCCCGGCUCGCCCCUGGGGAGCGCGCACUUCCACCCCGGGCGAUCACGUGACGAGGCGCCGCGCAGAGGGCCCGGCCGCGGACGCGCGCCCGUCGCCUCCACCCCAGGAACCGCAGCCCGGCCCACCGCCCGGCUCCGGCGUCCGCGCGCUCGCACCCGCGUCCGCGCCCCCGGCUCCGCCGCAGACCCCACGCCGCCGAAUCAGAAGGGCGGAGCGAGCGGGAUGCGCGUGCGCACUGGCCCCGACCUGAGGCCACGCCCCCAGCUGCCACGCCCCACCCCCCGUCCCGCCCUCGCAACCUCGGACACCUCGAGAGUCCAAAGCCUAGACCCUCUGCUUUGA